ACACCAGAAAGGCUAAAACAAAAUGGACUGACAAUGGCAAGCUCCACCCUCAUUGUGGACUGUAAUAUCACAGAUGUCAGGGAAAACACAAACCUGCGAUGCUGGAAGGUCAACAACACUCAGGUGGAUCUUUACUAUCGUGAAUCCAAACGAAUUACAGAAGGAAUUGAAUCAUGUGUACCUUUUGCGCAAUAUAAUAGGUACACAGUAAACAUAACCUUUCUUGAAGUGAAAAUGGAAGAUUAUGGCCGCCAUUUUGUGUGUCAUGCUGGAGUAUCUGCAGCAUACAUUGUGUUAAAGCUCCCAGCUCCGGAUUCCCAAGCUUACUUGAUAGGAGGGUUCAUAGCCUUGACAGGUGUGGCUGUGUCUAUCAUGUGCAUCUACAACUUUUUUAAGAUUGACAUUGUACUUUGGUAUCGAGGUGCCUUCCGUUCUAUUGGGAGCGUAGAUGAUGGGAAGCUGUAUGAUGCAUAUGUCUUAUACCCCAAGCCUCUAAGUGGAAGUCACAGGUGGGAAGUAGACGUGAUGGUGUUAAAGAUUCUGCCAGAGGUGCUGGAGAGGCAGUGUGGAUACAAGCUAUUUAUAUUCGGGAGGGAUGAUGUUCCAGGACAAGCUGUGGCCAGUGUCACUGAUGAGAACAUCAAGCUGUGCAGGAGGCUGAUCAUCAUUAUAGUCCCUGAAUCUCUGAGCUUCGGCCUGUUAAAGAACACGGCAGAAGAACAAAUCACGGUCUACAAUGCCCUCAUCCAAGACGGAAUGAAGGUCAUUCUGAUUGAACUGGAGAAAAUCAAGGACUACACAGACAUGCCGGAGUCAAUUAAGUAUAUCAGACAGAAGCAUGGGGCCAUCCAGUGGAGUGGGGACUUCACAGAAGAAUCCCAAUCUGCAAAGACCAAGUUUUGGAAAAAAGUGCGAUUUCACAUGCCACCCAGAAGGUGUCCCCCACUGUCUCCAGUCCAGCUGCUGAUGCACGUUCUGUGCCUGUACAGUGGGUAA